CUCGGGUGACUCGACGGCCAGAAUCUGGAACAUGAACGACAACAACAGCGGCACGGGUGCUAGUCAGCUGGUGCUCCGGCACUGCAUACAGAAGGGGGGGACGGAGGUGCCCAGCAACAAAGAUGUCACGUCGUUAGACUGGGUGUGUGAAGGUAACUUGUUGGCGACGGGAUCCUACGAUGGAUAUGCCAGAAUAUGGAGCAUUGAUGGGCGAUUAGUCAACACUUUAGGACAGCACAAAGGACCCAUAUUUGCUCUCAAGUGGAACAAAACAGGAAAUUACAUUUUAAGUGCAGGCGUUGAUAAAACAACUAUCAUUUGGGAUGCGACCACAGGCAGUUGCAAACAACAGUUUGCAUUUCAUUCAGCACCUGCGCUAGACGUGGACUGGCAGAGCAGCAACACGUUUGCCUCAUGUUCCACGGACCAGUGUAUCCAUGUCUGUCGGCUCGAUGACACGAGGCCUGUCAAAACAUUCCAGGGGCACACGAAUGAGGUGAAUGCCAUCAAGUGGGACCCCCAAGGUCUACUCCUAGCCUCAUGUUCAGACGAUAUGACGUUGAAGAUUUGGAGCAUGAAGCGUGACUCGUGGGUUCAUGACCUCCGGGCGCACGAGAAGGAGAUCUACACCAUCAAGUGGAGUCCCACUGGAAGUGGCACCAACAACCCCAACCAGAAUUUGAUAUUAGCCAGCGCCUCCUUUGACUCGACGGUGCGUCUGUGGGAGGUAGACCGAGGCCAAUGUCUACAUACCCUGACCAAACACACGGAGCCCGUAUAUAGUGUGGCCUUCAGUCCUGAUGGCAAAUACAUAGCUAGCGGCUCUUUUGACAAGUGUGUGCAUAUAUGGAGUGUCCAGACUGGCUCACUAGUCCAUAGCUACAGAGGUACUGGAGGCAUUUUUGAAGUGUGUUGGAACCACAAGGGAGACAAAGUGGGAGCUAGUGCUUCAGAUGGUUCGGUUGUGGUACUAGAUUUGAGGAAAUAGCUGGGGUCUGCUCAUAAGAUCAGGGCAAACAUUAGGUAUUUGACAUACCCACCUCCUCCAGAAGAGACAGGGUUGUAGGGCUGGCCCCUCCCCUCCCCCAUGUUCAUUCCCCUCACCUCCUCCCCAGCCCUGCCCCACGAAUCAGCACAAGCCUGCUCCCUACCACCACCACCACCACCACCACCACCACCACCACCGCGGCUAUGCUGUAUGUGCUUGAAGCUGUCCCUUCCUGUCCCCCGUACAUGAGAUGCCCUCUGUUUGACGGUUGCUGUUGUCUGUACGUAUGGUGGUCUUCCGCGAUGUACCUGUCUCUGUCGCCUGGGAGUUGCUUGAGGCAGUCAGUCACUCGAGGGUAAUCACAUGUCUGGUGGUGGGUGGACAGAGAACCCUUUGGUUCUCGGCACGGAUAAGCUUUGACGCCAACCAGCCCUCAGCCCCCUCCCCUCCCUCCUGCCCAACCCCCUGGCAUGUUGCAUCGAGUUGGCCAUAUUGCUGUCUGACAGUCAACUUAUAAUCUGAGUGGCCGGUCAGACAAGCAGCCACUCGCUUCGUUGACCAUGCAGUUUGUUCCUCCACCAUCUGAACCCAGCGGUCAGCCCCACCUCUUCAAUCGUGACGGAUUCUGCACCAUAUGGAAAGGCUCAGGUGGUAAACAGCUUGUUGUUCUCUAAAGUUGCUCGGAGAAUAGACAACUGGUUGGGACCUCAGCAAGUAGUUGGUAGGGUGGCGUAGAGCGGAGGUUUAUGUGCCCGCCUCUCUUCCUGAUGUCGUAUGGUCUCCCCUGUGGGGGGGCUGCCUCUUCUGAACAAGUCUCCGACGUCUUGCUUGGCUUGUCUGACGGAGACUUGGCUGACUGCACCUAGUUUUAUUGUCUUUUGACCAGGGAAAAUGACUUUGCUGUGUACCAGCUGCGCGCGUGUGCAUGUAAGUGUGUGUGUGUAUAAGUAUGUGCAUAUGUGUGUGCGUAUGCGUGUGUGUACAGUUCUGUGCGCUGUAACUGUUGAUGUUCAGUUGUGUGCACAUAUUUGUUGUGUUCAACUGUUUGCAUUUUGGUUCAUUGUUGUUGGGACAUCAGAGAAUGUGUUGCUACUAUUUCCUUUAUGGUUGAGGACCUACUUUUGAGAAAUCAUCUGGCCUUCGAGGUUAGCAGCUAUCUAUUUUCUAGAUCAUUCAAGUUCUAAGCAACGUUUGAAUGCACGCUCGCAUGUGCAUGCGCUCUCACACUCACACACAUACAUUUCCAUGCUUACGCUAGCGCUCAUGUAUACAUAGUUAAUGUGUUUUACGCACACAAGCAAAGUUUAACAUGUGCCCUCUGAGGUAGUUGCCGUGUUACUGCUUUUUUUGUCUUUAGAGCUCUACUGUUCCACUUGUAUGAAUGGAACUAAAUUUGCAGAGGUGGGUGUUUUGUUUCAAGAAGAUGGGAAAUGAGAAGUUGAAAAUGUCUUGACAUUGAUGCUUUGUUUUCUCUAUGGCAUGUACUGACAGAGUUGGGACCCUAUCUUUUUCACAUGUGUUAAUGCUUCUGUUCUGAGGGUUCGGGUGGUUUGCGGGUGCCCUGGUGUGGUUUGCUCCUUCUUUCAUAUCAAACAUCUAUCGUCCUUAUCUCUCUUCCUUCUUUGUGUUUGUUACUCUCCUGUAACACUUCUAAUCUUCGGCACUUAUAUGAGCUUUUUGUGUUGCAAGUGCCGUAAAACUUUUACUAAAACUAAUCUGAGGGUUCAUGAUUUGUCUAAAGGAGGUCAACACUGCAGGCUGAAAAAGUAGUAGCACCCAUUUGUACAUAGAUUUCCCUGUUGUGCCAAGGGUAUGUGAAAUGCUUAAAUGCUAAUGUUUUUGUUUUGUAUGAAAGAAAGUGUCCAAGAUGUUUGCCACAUAUGGAACUAGAAAAAAUAGAAAUACAAAAAUGCUUACAACUGUCAAGUAUGUUGCAAUUUUAACAUGGACUUGUGGAAACAGACAUAAGGUAUGUUUACAGUUUGAUUUGAUCUUAUUCGAGCUGUAUCUCAGGGUAGAAUCUUGUAGUCUGAAUUUCAGUUGGGUUGUCUAGAUUUGCAAAGAAUACCUGUGUUUAAGAAACAAAAUCCUUUUAAGGAAAGCGCAGAUUUGAAAUUUAGGUGCUGUUCCCAGUAAGAGAUUGGUUUAUUAUUAAUGAUGACAGCGGCAUAUUGUUCUGAGAGUUAUGUUGUACACAGAAAGGAAAGAUUUUGUUGUAGUUUUCUACUAAAAGCUUUGGAUUAACGGAGAGGACAUUACCGUGAAUACCGUUGUGUGCAAAAAAAAA